GUUAAAUGAAUUCAUUUGAAUUAAGAAAAAAAUUCUCCGAGUUUGUUAAUCAUGGUGGAGUGAGAAAGACAGUGUUGAGUUAGAAGGGGAGAAAAAGAAAAAGGAGAGAGCGAUCUCGGAGGAGGAAUUCCAACCGCCAUCGACCCCAAACGCUGCUGCAGCCAUCUUAGGCUAUUUUUUCCUUCUUCAAGUGUCCAUCUAAUGCUUCAAACUGUUCGGGGACGUGGAACGAGUUUUUCAUCCUUUCGAGCUGUCUAGACUCUCGAGAGUUUUUUCGGGGACAGCUCUAUCUAAUUUUCAUCAAGCCACGGGAGUGGGCUCUGCCACCGGGGUGACGUGGUGGUCAAUGAUGAAUGGUGGUUUAUACGAGGAAAGUCCUCCACCCGCGCCUCAGAGCGCGGCGACCCCAAUCAGCAACAGUGGGAUGACGAGUCCUGCAACGGUUCCUCCACCAACAGCGACCACAUCAGCCACAUCGAGUUCAUCUCCAGCGAGUGUCACCAGCAACAGCGGCUCCGUAGGUCCCUUACACAUCCCCGCCAAAAGAAUCACCACUGGGUACUCGGAAUGCACCGAACCAAGCGUCAUCAGGCAUUCUCAUCACGGUCAACCAUGGAGUUAUUCCCCGGAUACUCAUCAUUCAGCUGGUUUCGAUGGGUUGAAUCAUCAGUAUCCGAAUACCUCUUCAUAUUAUAAUUUAUCCACCGAUCCGAGUCAUCGAGAACGAAAGGGUUUAGCGCCGUUUUGGAACCCAGUUGCAACCGCUGCUGGUACGACACCUGAAUAUACUAAAUAUUCAAGUGCCUCAGCCGCGGGGGGUGGACCUAGUGAUCCUUCAUCGGUAAGUUCGUGUCACCAGAGCUUCUCAUCACCGUCCUGGUGCAAUUAUUCCCCGUAUUCAACGGCGACGCGGCACCACGUCGAUCCACACCAACCGGUGCCAUACCUCCCAGCUGAUGAUAGAGGAAGAGUUGCUGCCGCGGCCGCGAUGGUCGCUGAAUCCGCCGGGUUCACGCACGCACACGACACCGGGUAUGCGAGGUACGCCCCUGACCCUGUACCAUCAACACCGUAUCCUCCACCAGUGAUUUGGGGACCAACCCCGUUUCUCUCUUCAGGCUCACUGGGUUCAAUGGGGGUGAGCGUCCCUUGCGGAACCGGAACGAACCCAUUAGAAUGGACCGGUCAAGUAACUGUACGAAAAAAACGUAAACCAUACUCGAAAUUUCAAACGUUAGAAUUGGAAAAGGAGUUUCUCUUCAACGCUUACGUCUCGAAACAGAAGCGAUGGGAGUUGGCGCGAAAUUUGAAUCUAACCGAGCGACAGGUGAAAAUAUGGUUUCAAAAUCGGCGGAUGAAGAAUAAAAAGAAUAAUCAGCGACAACAAGCGCAACAGGCCAAUAAUAAUAAUGUUAGCGCUAAUAAUCAAAAUCAUCAUGCUGGUCAUCACCAUCCCGGUCAUCAUGUGCACGCUCAACAUCACGUGGUUAAUCAUCACGUGGCAGCGAAUGGUGCUUUAAAGCAUCAUCAGUGACCUAUAGGGUUUUCCGGGGUCGUUCUUGGCCAUCAUCACCAACAGGGUGGUUUGGUUAAUUAAAUACGUAUCUCGGAACUAUUUAGCCGUGCCAAAGAUGAUGAUGAUGAUUAUGAUGAUGAGGAAAAAAAUGUUGAAAAGUUAAAAAAAAAUUUAAUUUCUUUUUGAAAGAGAUUAGUUAAUAAAAUUUUUAAGAACGAAAAAGACAGGGAUUUGUGCAACGUUUUUUUAUAAUUAGUUAUAAUUCGCUAAUUAUUAUUGAUUAAUUAAAGUGUAAUUUAUGAUCGAUCGAAUUUUUCUGAACGUUGUUUUUUUUUGUUUUUUUUGUCGUUAGUUUGUUCAAGAACUUUGUACAUAUUAAAAAAAAGGUUAAAGUUUAGCGUAAGUCUAUAAAUAUAAAUAUUAUUAUUAAAGAUGUCGACUGUACUAGUAGGUAUUAAGCGUAAAGUUUAAUUUAGUUUAAAAAAAAACGAUGUGAAAAAGAAAGCGAGGAAGAAAGAAAGCGGUUUUAAGAAGAUAAAAGUAAUAUUUAAUAUAAUCAAUGUUGCCCGUAGUUUUUUGAAUGUGUAUAGUAACUUAUUACGCUCCGAUUAAAUAAUAAAAAGUUAAUUCAAUAAAAAUUCCCCCCUUUUACCAUUAAAUAAAAAAAUUAACCUCAACACCCUUUUUUAUUUCCCUUUUCCAACACAAUUUUACAACAAAAUUCUAAACCUGUGUUAAUUUUUUAAAGCGAACUGAAA